GCCGAGCGGAAGUUCCACACAAAAAAGAUGGCGGGUCGCUUGACUGCGCAAGCGGCUCACAUGUAAGACAACAAGGUUGACAGUAAACAUUUCUGUAUGUUCACGGUGGUCAUUCCUGGGAAACUGGGUCUUGUCGGUUAUCAGCGGGUGUCUCCUCUCUAGAUGUGCAAAUAAGAAGAAAGAGAAAACAUGCCUGAGAUCAAUGUAACACCGCUGGGUGCUGGACAGGAUGUGGGCCGCAGCUGCAUCCUCGUCUCCAUCGGAGGCAAAAACAUCAUGUUGGACUGUGGGAUGCACAUGGGCUACAACGAUGAUAGGCGUUUCCCAGACUUUUCGUACAUAACCCAGAAUGGACGUCUGACAGAAUUUCUGGACUGUGUGAUCAUCAGCCAUUUCCACCUGGACCACUGUGGAGCUCUGCCCUACAUGAGUGAGAUGGUCGGCUACGACGGCCCCAUCUACAUGACCCAUCCCACCAAGGCCAUCUGCCCCAUCCUGCUGGAAGACUUCCGGAAGAUCACAGUCGACAAAAAGGGAGAAACCAACUUCUUCACCUCGCAGAUGAUCAAGGACUGCAUGAAGAAAGUGGUUCCGCUGAACCUCCACCAAACUGUGCAGGUGGAUGAUGAGCUGGAGAUCAAGGCGUACUAUGCAGGCCAUGUCCUGGGAGCUGCCAUGGUGCAGAUCAAAGUGGGAUCAGAGUCUGUGGUCUACACUGGCGACUACAACAUGACGCCUGACAGGCAUUUAGGGGCUGCAUGGAUUGAUAAGUGCCGUCCAGACAUCCUCAUCUCCGAGUCCACGUAUGCCACCACCAUCCGGGACUCGAAGAGGUGCCGAGAGAGGGACUUUCUGAAGAAAGUGCACGAAAGCAUAGAAAGAGGAGGAAAGGUUCUCAUCCCCGUGUUUGCCCUUGGAAGAGCACAAGAACUCUGUAUCCUGCUGGAAACGUUUUGGGAGAGGAUGAACCUGAAGGCCCCGAUCUACUUCUCCACCGGGCUAACGGAGAAAGCGAAUCACUACUACAAGCUCUUCAUCACGUGGACCAACCAGAAGAUUCGGAAAACCUUUGUCCAGAGGAACAUGUUUGAAUUCAAGCACAUCAAGCCUUUCGAUCGCUCCUACGCCGAUAAUCCAGGACCCAUGGUGGUGUUCGCCACACCAGGUAUGCUGCACGCUGGUCAGUCUUUGCAAAUCUUCAAGAAAUGGGCCGGCAAUGAGAAGAACAUGGUAAUUAUGCCCGGGUAUUGUGUACAAGGGACAAUCGGUCAUAAGAUCUUAAAUGGACAGAGGAAACUGGAGAUGGAAGGGAGAGCGACGUUGGAGGUGAAGCUGCAGGUGGAGUACAUGUCCUUCAGUGCCCAUGCCGACGCUAAGGGCAUCAUGCAGCUCAUUCGUAUGGCAGAGCCGCGCAACAUGCUGCUGGUGCACGGGGAGGGCGCCAAGAUGACCUUCCUCAAGGGCAAGAUUGAACAGGAGUUCAGCAUAGACUGUUACAUGCCGGCCAAUGGAGAGACGGCAACCGUGAGCACAAACCCCAGCGUGCCUGUGGACAUCUCACUCAACCUGCUCAAGAGGGAGAUGGCUCUCGGAGGGCCUCUGCCUGAUCCCAAAAAGCCUCGCACCAUGCACGGUACCCUGAUCAUGAAGGAAAACAGCCUGAAGCUGGUGUCGUCGGAGCAGGCCCUGAAGGAGCUGGGCCUCAACGAACACCAGCUGCGCUUCACCUGCCGCGUGCAGCUGCAGGACCCGCACAGCGACUCGGACACACUCCACAGGAUCUACACACACCUCAAGAGCGUGUUGAAAGGUUACACCAUCCAGCACCUCCCUGACGGCACCGUCAUGGUGGAGUCCAUCGUCAUCAAAGUGUCGUCCUCCGCCGACGACGCCAACACCAAGGUCCUGCUGCUUUCCUGGAGUUACCAGGACGAAGACCUGGGCAGUUUCCUUUCGACUCUGCUGAAAAAGGGGCUUCCGUCUGGACUCUGCUGAAAUAUCUUCUUUUUUUUUUCUUUCUUUUUUUUUGGGACGGGGGCCCAAAACAUUAAACCUCUGAAGGGAAGUCUCCCUCAAAAGAAUUCGAGCAACACUAUUGGAUCCUGGAUUUCAGCAGACAUCAACAACAUCCAGGCUGUACGUUCUCCCCUGCUCCUGUGUGGGGGACAUUGUAGAAUCUGUAGAUAAAGAAAAAUAAGACUCGUAAUCUGAUUUGUCCCUUUUUAUUUUGACAUACAGCGACAUUUCUAAUAAACACAUUUAUGUAGAA